AUGUGCAUCGUCCUCCUCACCACCGCGCAUCCCAAGUAUGCGCUCAUCGUGAUCGACAACCGAGACGAAUUCAUCCUUCGCCCGACAUCACGGCCACACUGGUGGAGCACGAGAGCUUCUCAGCAGCCUUCCAGGACGCACACGCCCGAUGUGUCAUCGCAGCAGACGGGCGUAGACGGUCAGCCGCCGAAUGGCGAUUCGGAAGAGAUUCAGCACAUCCUCUCGUCCCGAGACCUGCAGCGCGCCGAAAGGGGCACAUGGCUUGGAAUCACCAAGUCGGGCCAUUUCUCGGUGCUUACCAACUACCGCGAGCUAGACCCCAGCAAACUGUGCCAGCCGAUCAGCGGACAGCGGAGCAGGGGGGCCAUGGUCACAUCAUGGCUGGAGAACUCGGCAGAGCGCAGUGUAGGCGAUUAUGUGGAGGCAGUGAUGGCAAGCGGCGGCUGUCAGGGUGUCGGCGGCUUCUCGCUCAUCUGUGGAAAGUUGAGGCGGAGACGUGAAGGGGGUGAAGACGGGCUGGAGCCUAUGGCGAUCCUGUCAAAUCGUGCCGAGCACCCUGACCAGAUACCGUGGAUCGUUGGGAAGAGAGGCGAGACAGUUGGACUUAGCAAUGCGGCGUUUGAUGACCCUGUGGAGUGGCCCAAGGUGAAGAACGGAAAGUCUCUGGUCAACCAGGUUGUGAGCGAAGCGGUCGAGAAAGACAUGAACGAGGACGAAUUGCGGGAGAGGCUGUUCUGGGUCCUGGACCAAGACACACUGCCUACCCACCCAGGCAAGAGCCUGGAGGACCAUCUCACGGAGCUCAAGGAGUCUGUGUUCAUUCCCCUGAUAGGCGACUCGAAACACCGGGACGACAUGGUGAGAGCGGCGAGCAAUGGAACGGACGGGGCCAACCACGCCGACCCCGAAGUGCAAGAGACGCUGUCCAAGGUCGUGGGAGCUCAACGGCCGGACCCUCAAACGACGGGAUUCGCAACGGGCAUGUACGGCACGCAGAGGCAGACGAUCAUCCUGGUGGACUGGGACGGAAACGUGACCUAUACCGAGAGGGCAUUGUGGGAUUCAAAUGGCAGCGCCAUAGAGAGAGGCGAAGGAGACAUGACCUUCAGAUUCGGCGUCGAGGCCCCCGACUUCGACCCUGACUUCAACCUCGACCUCGACCACAACGAGAGGCCAUACCCAGAGCAGCCAGCCGAAAUAACCCAGGUCUUCUACUUUCUGACCUUCACCUUAAAGGAGGGUAUCCAGCAGACUGUGCACGCCUUGUUCCAGAGCCUCAAGUGCACCUAUCUGCUAGUUUCUGAGCUCCACAGACCCUAUCUCGACUCCGUCCGCGUCCUGGUUCCCUUGUGGCUGGCUGUCAUCCACGCUAUCCUUCUCGUCUUCUUUGUCCUAGCCCACAGGACUGCCGCAGACGCCAUCCAACGGCUUCACGAAUCACCGCCCACUUCCUCUCGGCUCCCGGUCUCGAAGAGUGGUCGAUUGUCUCUGGGCUCGCACAAGUCGGACUUGUACCUCACUCAGAAUCCUUGCUGCAUCUAUACCGAGCAGCCCUCAGCGUACUGGACGGGCCGCUUCAGCUCCCUGCACGACAAGUUCCUGGCCGAGUGUCUGACCACCAACAAUCUGCUGAGCAUACUUGAUGCUCAGGCCGACAGCGCGAAAGCCCGAAAUCAGCAGCUACAGCCGCAUCUACUGCGAGAAACACAGUACACCCGAUUCAACACUCGUCUCCCCCCCUCGGCCACCUCAGCCGCCAUUCUCCAACAGACCGGUGGCGGCGGCGGCCCGGGCAGCGACACAGGCGGAAUGCAUGCUGCGGAUGCUGAGCUGCUGCUGGACGACGACGAGCGAUGCAAGCGGGUGUUCGUUCAUCUCGAAGCUUUUUGCGCCACCGAUGAAGCCCGGAGGAGCUUGUUCGCGUUCCAGCAGGACUAUGCGCGCAAGACGCGCCGUGUCAAGCUCCUUCCGAGGGGUGGUACUAUGGGUGACCGCAACUGGGGCUCGUACAUAUCGCGGAUGGGCGUGAAGAGAAUCGGAAAGAGGGCAAGCAUGUACUAA